AGUCACUGUUCCAAGUCACACAGCAAUUCAAUGGCCUCUAUUCUCUACCAAACCGCGAGAGGAAGCUAAGGAGACCACUCUCCCCGGAGCAGUAAGUGCUUCCUUCCAUCUGACCUCCAUCGACCUGCUGCAGCUGCAGCUGCAGUCUUUCCCUGAUUGACUUCUCUCACCAGCGGACGGAGGACCUCCGGGGCCACCAAGUUCCAGCACAAGAAUCGCGCCCGAAAGAACCUGAGUCACCAACCGCCGCCACCGGCCGGAAGCCGCAACCCUGACUUCCGCUUGGAGCUGCAGAGCGGCGUUCCCGUGAGCCCGCGGGCGCGCGGGGACUACAACUCCCGGCAUGCUCCGAGGCCGCCGGAGUUAACCCUUUAGCGCCGGCGGCCGCUCUGCGCCCGCCUCCGCCCCUUACCUGGACCCUGCAGGAGAUGGGUGCCCCCAUCGGCACACUGUCCUUUGGCCACCGGACAUCAUGCCUCCCAAGAAGGAUAUUCCUGUGAAGAAACCAGCGGGGCCCCCUAUCUCCAAGCCUGCUGCCAAGCCAGCAGCACCAGCGGCCCCUCCAGCCAAGCCUAAGCCUGAGCCAGCUCCAGCUGUCCCUCCAGUUAUUCCUGUCCCUCCGGCCCCUCAGAAAACCCAGGAGCCCCCCAUCGAUCUCUCCAAAGUGGUGAUCGAGUUUAACAAGGACCAGCUCGAGGAGUUCAAAGAAGCCUUUGAGCUGUAUGACCGAGUAGGGGAUGGCAAGAUCCAGUUCAGCCAAUGUGGGGAUGUGAUGAGGGCCCUGGGCCAGAACCCCACCAACGCCGAGGUGCUCAAGGUCAUGGGGUACCCCAAGAGUGAUGAGCUGAAGUCCCGCCGUGUGGACUUCGAGACUUUCCUGCCCAUGCUCCAGGCAGUGUCCAAGCCCCGGGACCAAGGCACAUACCAAGACUACCUGGAGGGGCUUCGUGUGUUUGACAAAGAAGGGGACGGCAAAGUCAUGGGAGCGGAGCUCAGACAUGUCCUCACCACCCUGGGAGAGAGGAUGACUGAAGACGAGGUGGAGGCUGUUCUGGCAGGACAUGAGGACAGCAACGGCUGCAUCAACUAUGAAGCCUUCCUGAAGCACAUCUUAAGCGUCUGAGCUCUACAGAUGCUGUGGACCGGACACCCGGCUCCCCCGCAGGCGGAAGCACGUUCCUGCCACUAGGAGGCCACCUAUUAUUUCAAAAUAAAGACACGGUUCCUCCCUUGG